AAGUACCAGACUACCUUAGGUACCAAGUACCAGACUACCCCAGGUACCUAUUACACCUACGGCAAGCUCAAUUACUCAUUGGCUUCUUCAUUUUCCAUCUUUUCAACGUCACCUUUACGCCCAAGACUUUCUCAUUAUUGUUUUCUUCGUGCGCGCAGGGCAGGAGCACGAAAGACACACCCAGACAAAGCGACAGACAGAGACAGACACCAGAGACAGACACCAGAGAGACGAUGGCUGCGAGCGUGAGCACUGCGGACAAGUCCAAGCCCUGCAUUCCGCACGCCGGUCUCGCCAGAGACGGCUGGUCCGACGAAGACAAGGCCACGGCGACCUGCUACUGUGGCGCCGUGCAGCUCGUCUUUUCGCUCGACGGCGUCGUCAACACCUUCGUGUGCAACUGCGUCGACUGCCGCAAGAUCACGGCGUCCAUGUUCGCGAGCAACUUCACCGUCAAGGACACGCACUUUGAGCACGCGCGCGGGAGAGACCGCCUCAAGACGUUCAGCCAGGCGCAGACGAUCGGCUCGCGCAAGGCUAUGACCAACCACUUCUGCGAGAACUGCGGCUCCCUCAUGUACCGCGUCGGCGAGCGCCUGCCGGGCCUGAGCAUCCUGCGCAUCGGCACCGUCGACGACUUCUCCCUGCACGAGACCAAGCUCCGCCCGCGCCAGGAGCACUGGACCAAGGACCGCGUCUGCUGGUUCGCGGGCGUCCAGGGCGUCGAGGAGACCUUUGGGGGCCAGGGCUGAGCAGCAAGUCCCCAUUCGCCGCUUCGCGUGCAAUGCUCUGAUACGACUUCGGGGAGUCGGGGAGCUCGCGGAGAGACUUGCUACCCUGACUGUUCGUGAGUCCUCUGUUAGGACCUCAUACGUUUAUAGUGUAGCUCAGGAAAUAGAGACCCUGGCUGAUGUUGUAUCACAUUUCUCCUAACGCCCCCGACAGAACGACUUGAGAGUGUUACAUGACUUGAGAGUGUUACAUGACUCGAGAGUGUUACAUGACUCGAGAGUGUUGCAUAUUGUAAGGCUAUCCUUGGGGUAGCCCAUUUCGCACUCUGCAUUUUUCCACAGAGUACAUCUGUUGGCGUAUAC